GCAAGGGCUGGAUUUGUCUCUGUCAGUAGCUCUCACAGAAACGACCCAGAUACACAGCCACUGGCACAAGGAAGCAGGAGACUGCCUGUGAAAAACGCAUUGCGCUGCUGAGCGAGACACAGAGACCAGAGAGAUCCAGAGACUACUACAGUACUAGAGGGGAAAAAAGGACCUGGUGGACUGACAAUCAUCAUCAAAGCUCCAGGAUAAUCAGGCAUUUUGGAAGAGUGCCGAGAUCUGGAAGUGCUUUAAACUGAGUGAGAACACUUCCACUCUUUUGGCUAGAGGAGAAAUAAGCCAAAACUCAGCACUGGAAUCUUCUUCAAAGAGAGAUAAGGGGAGUGAAGGAGCAGAAACAUCUACUGCACCCCAGAAGACAAACGCUGAGCGUUUUCCAUCUCCACCCAUGGCCGCACGUCCAAUGGAGACAGUGGGUUUCCCCAUGAUUCCAGCUCACGUACUGGCUUCUGCCAUGGAGGAGUUCCCUCAGCAGCUCCCUGUACCCAAGGGCCCGGCCAAGGGGCGCAGUCGUCCCCGACGACCCCGAGAGGCCCGUUUCAAGACCCAGCCCGUCACCUUCGCAGAGAUUGCAGAGGUUGAGGAGGAAGGGGCUUCACCGCUGGAGGAGGAGAGAGCCAGACGCUCCUUCCUGCAGUCGCUGGAGAGCCUGAGGAGAAGCACACAGGCACUGCACCACACAGGCUCCACACACUCUGGCAGGACCAGCACACCCACGCAGGCCAGCCUGGACUCCAGUGACUCGGACUCAGCCCCCUGAAGAGACUCAGAGAGUGAGAGGAGGAUACAAGAGGGAAAGAAAAGAGAUGGGUGAAAGAAAGAGGGCUGUGAUGUUGAGUGUUAAAUCCUCUCCUCUGCUGUAAUGCUGUAAAAGCUGUUCUGCUGACUUUACUGGACUGGAUUCCAGUGAAUAUUGCACAUAUCCUUCUCUUGAAGCAUACUUUGCCGCUAUAACUUAGUUACGGUAUCUUACGCACAUCCUUGUGCCAAACUCCAGUCAAGCCAAGCAAUGGCAGGCUGAAUAUUGAUUAUGCUUUUUAGCUGUAGCAUUUUAACAGCCUUUUCAUUCUAACAACUUAAAUAUUCCAAAAAAAGAUGUUUCUUCAUUUGCAAAAUAAGACUUGAGGCCGUUCUUUAUAAGCUUUAAAGAUAGGUAGAUCAUAUACCUGUUCUUUUUCUGUUCCAAUCAAAAGAGCAGAAACACUGUUUAAUCAUUUCAUCUUUUUGCCUGGUUAGAGAUUAUAGAAUAGCUUUUUCAUUGUCCAGCUCGGACUUCCGUUAGUUCAUCUUUAACACUUCAUCUUCAUAAUUAUGCAGUCAAAUCAUUGACAGCACACACACACACACACACUGCAUAGGAGACAAUGUUUCACAAUGAUGAUGUUACUUGAGUCUGCCAACUUAGUGUACUUACUAAUGAACUCAGAGAUGAUCAAAGUAUUUUCUUGCAAAAGUUACAGAUAUUUAUUUACAGAUUAUCUUGUUGAUAUAACUAAGAGAUUAGAAAUGUUAGAAAUGUUUUGUUGACACUGUGGGCUUGCAAGGUCACUAUUGCAGAAAAACAAAUUAUGGAACUAUGAAUAUAUGAUGCCUUUAUAUUUUUGUUUUACAUUUAUUAUCUUUGUAAAAAGUCAUUUCUUACUUACUUUAAUAAAUAUAUACAUAUAUAAAUAUAA